AAAACAGAGGAUCUCUGAGCCUUCCACAUUUGGGUAGCCAGAAUGCUGCGUUUUGUUGUCGCCCUCUGUCUCCUGGCUUUGUCCUGGGCACAGGAAUGCCAGGUAGCCAACAUCCAGGUCAUGCAGAACUUUAACAGAACAAAGUAUACAGGGUCUUGGUAUGCUGUAGCCAAGAAGGACCCAGAAGGUUUGUUCCUUAUCGACAACAUCGUGGCUCAGUUUACUGUUGAUGAUAGCAGUGUAAUGGAAGCCAGGGCUAAGGGCAGAGUCAUCAUCCUCAACAACUGGGAACUGUGUGCCGAUAUGUACGCCACCUUCCAGGACACCGCUGAUCCUGCCAAGUUCAAGAUGAAGUACUGGGGGGCCACAAGCUACCUGCAGACUGGAAACGAUGAACAUUGGGUGAUCGACACCGACUACGAGAACUACGCUGUCCACUACUCCUGCAGACAAGUAGACGCUGAUGGCACUUGCCUGGACAGCUACUCCUUCAUAUUCUCACGUCACCCGGCGGGUCUGAGGCCAGAGGACGUGCCGCUGGUCACCCAGAUGAAGCGGGACCUCUGCCUCUUCGGCAAAUACAGACGAGUUGAUCACAAUGGUUUCUGCGACGAAAACAGCAGCUGAUCUGUCGACACUCAGAAAUCUUCCUCUUUGAAGCUCGCACCUCUGGGACUGGGUUCCCCUCUGCUGGUCUCUGGUUGAAUCCCAACAGAUUCUCUGUCCUCUAAAAAGAGAAAGAAGCCAAUUCCUCUGCACCAAAUGCACCAAAAUAAAGCAAAUAAAAAUUGUCACAUGUACGCCUCUGUACAGCAAACAGAAAGGAAAUAUGAGGGUUUAUCCUGGGUUGGUGUCACUUUCUUGAAAUUGCACAUAAGUAUAAGAGGUGCUUGGCUUUUUGAACAAUUUAAGUCUCCAGUUAAGAUCCGUCACAUUUCUAGGUUUUUGUAUAAGAACUUCAGAUCAGUGUGAAAUAACCUUCCUCUAGUAGAACUAGUAGAAUCCCUUUGUUGUCCCAGUGAGAAUAACAGACAUAUCAGAGCAUUGAAAAACCCUUUUUGCAGUGUAUCAACCAAUGUGGCUAAUAAUCAGAUCAAGAAAUCUCCUUGAAGUGACUCAGCAUAUCUGCAGCUCUAGAGUACAACCCCCAUGUUUACUAAAGAAACCAGGUUCACAAAUCACUGGCUUUGCUUUUGCACUGAAGGAUUGUGUUGUGCAGCAUAAAAGCAGAUAUUGUUCAUAAACCUUAAUACAUACAUAUCAUGAGUCUAUAAUGGCAUAAUGGUGUGGUUGUUUGGUGAUUGUAUGAUGUAUACUUCUUGAUCCAGUUUUUGGAAAUAAAAACAUUUAAAACAUG